CUCAGAGUAUACCACUCGUAAGCACACGACACUUAGUGCAGUUCCGUCGGGAAAAGGGUGAACGGCGACAACUGCAGGAAGAAAAGCUAGGCAAGCCGACAAGAUGGCGCUAAGCAAGGAGCAGCAAAAGAAGGACGCGGAGAUGAAACGGAAUCUUGAUGAAGAUGCAGUGUGGAAACGCAUACAGCAGAGCACAUUCCUGCGGUGGGUGAAUCAACACCUCUCACAAAUAAACAAGACUAUAGCUUCACUUGAAACGGAUUUUGCAGACGGAAUUCGAUUUAUUGCUCUGCUCGAAGUACUUUCGGGUAAAAAGUGUCCGUACAAAUUUUCGAAGCGGCCAACGGUGCGUGGUCAGAAACUUGAAAAUGUCUAUGUCGGCCUUAAGUUUCUCACCGACGAUGAAGGACUUAAACUAGUUAAUAUAGAUUCAUCGGACAUUGUCGACUGUAAACUGAAGCUUAUUCUCGGUCUUAUAUGGACCUUGAUUCUGCAUUAUUCAAUUUCGUUGCCUAUGUGGGAGGGCGACGAUGAAAAUUUGCUGGAAGGCAAGGCUAAAACCCCCAAGGAUAGGCUACUUAAAUGGAUUCAGUCUAAGAUUCCUGAUAAAUCAGUAAAAAAUUUCACUAAGGAUUGGAACGACGGCACGACAUUGGGUGCUCUCGUUGAUGCAUUGGCACCUGGACUUUGCCCCAAUUGGCAGAAGUGGGAUCCCAAGGACGCGCAUAGAAAUAUUAAGGAGGCUAUGGAUGCUGCCGAGAAGUGGCUGGAUGUUGCCCCGCUUAUCGAUCCCGACAGCAUGGCGAACCCAAAGGUUGACGAACUGUCAAUGAUGACUUACUUAUCGCAAUUUCCCAACGCUAAACUAAAGGAUGCUGCGCCCCUCAAGCUUGAGACCAACCCAAAAAAAGUACGCUGUUUCGGGCCCGGUAUUGAGCCGAAGGGGGUUACAUGUAGUGCACCUACCAACUUUACGAUUGAGACAUUUGGUGCCGGUGAGGGAAACCUUGAGGCCUGGGUUGAAGACGACAAAGGAAACAAAACAAAGGUUGAUAUUAAGUUGGAGGAUGAGGGAAAGAAACGCUGGAAAGCAACUUAUACACCGAAAACUCAAGGCCCUCACAAUGUGUUCGUCAAGUUUGCCGGAGUGGUAGUGCCCAAAGCACCAUUUGCCGUCAACAUCGAAGGAACUCCAGGAGAUCCGAAGAAAUGCGUGGCUUUCGGUCCUGGUAUCGAACCCAAGGGUCGGCCUGCCGGCAAACUAACAUACUUCGAUGUCACGACGAAAGGGGCUGGAUUUGGUCAGCUUGAGUGUGUGAUCACAGAUCCAGAUGGCAAAACAGCGAACGUACCUAUGAAGCUGGUCAAGGUUGCAGAUAACCAAUACAAAUGCGAAUAUUGCCCCGUUAAGCCAGGUCCUCAUACUGUACAGGUUCUUUUUGCUGGCAAACCCAUUCCCAAGGCUCCGUUUAAAGUCAACGUUGGAAAUCCGUGCAACCCUCGUCGGGUGAAGGCCUCAGGCCGUGGUCUACAGAAGAAGGGCGUGCGUGUACAAGACAUUGCCGACUUCAGGGUGCUUACCACCGACGCUGGGGACGGAAACGUAGAAGUGGAAGUAACAGGUCCCGAUGGUAAGCCUGUGCCUGUAGAAAUUGUGCAGAACAAAGAGAAUCCUGACCGCUACGAUGUCAGUUACAAACCUCUCGCAGAAGGACCCCACAAAGUAGUCAUUAAGUAUGGCGGAGACGAGAUUCCCAAAUCCCCCUACGAAGUCGGAGUUGGUCCCUACAAGGAAUCUAAGAUCAUAGCCUACGGACCCGGUCUUAAAGGAGGUAUCACCGACAAACCUGCGAAGUUCAUUGUUGAUACUAAUGGAGAAACGGGCUCUCUCGGCUUCUCCAUUGAAGGUCCAUCAAAGUGCUCCAUCCAGUGCGAAGAUCUUGGUGAUGGAUCUGCCGGUGUGACGUACACGCCAAGUGCACCUGGUGAUUAUGUGAUUCAUAUUCUGUGCGAUGGGGAAGAUAUCCCCAAGUCGCCGUAUGUGGCCACUAUUGACACAGAGAUGGAAUUCGAUAUUACAAAAGUGAAGGCGUUCGGCCCCGGCCUUAGCCCAGGGGUGCAGCAGGAUAAACAAGUUGAAUUCAGCGUUGAUUGUAAAGCAGCCACUGCCAAACCUGAGAGCGAUCCUAAAGUCACCGUCGAAAUUCACAACGAAAACUAUGAACCCAUACCUGUGACUAUUAAAUCAAAUAAAAAUGGAACUGUAACUUGUUCGUAUAAGCCGAAAGAUGACGGCAAAUACACCGUGUGCGUCAACUACAAUGGAUGCGCCGUUCCCGACAGCCCCUUCAAGGUCGAUGUGGCUGCUAGCGCUGACCCCAUGAAGGUUAGAGUCUACGGACCAGGUAUUGAAAAAGGAGUGAAAAGCAGCACGUCUACGAAAUUUUUCGUCGAUUGCAAAAACGCAGGGUCUGCUAAGCCCAAAGUCAAGAUGGUCAACGAAGACGACGAAGAUGUCAAGGUUAAAAUCGCAGAUAACAAGGAUGGUACCUAUACCUGCGAAUACAAAACGCCAACACCCGGAAAUCACUUCAUUACUGUCGAACAAGGCGGAAAACCUGUGCCAGGUUCACCAUUUAAGGUUCCUGUAGAACCGCACAUGAGCACUAAGGACGUCGUCGUCACCGGACUUCAGCCCGUUGUGUUCACGAACUCCUUCAAUGAGUUCCAAGUGGAUACCUCGAAGUUACCAAAAUCUGACGAACAUAAAGUGGAAUGUACAAUCGUUAAGUCAGAUGGGUCUAGACAGGCUGCCAGGGUCGAGCCCCUUGGCAAGGGCAAGUUUAAGGUUACGCAUGUUCCCAAGGAUACUGGCUCCUGUAAGUAUAAGGUGACUGUCGAUGGUAUCCCUGUGCCUGACAGUCCCUUCCCGGUCAAAGUAGAGAGUGGCUGUGAUCCCUCUAUGGUUAAGGUUUAUGGACCUGGUAUCGAGUUUGGAAAGCUUAAUUCAGAAAAUAAAUUUACCAUUGAGACGAAAGGAGCGGGUACUGGCGCGCUUGGAUUGUCAGUUGAGGGUCCCACGGAAGCUAAGAUGACUUGCACAGAUAACAGGGAUGGUACCUGCACAGUAACGUAUGUUCCUGAUGCUGAGGGCAUCUAUCGUAUUGGCGUUAAAUACGGAGGUAAAGAUGUACCAGGCAGCAUCUUCGAGGUGCCGGCAGCUAAAGAUCUUGAUGUUUCUAAGGUCAAAUGUUUUGGACCCGGGCUUGAAGAAGGCAAAGUACGAGCCGGAGUACCGCAGAACUUUACGGUUGAUACAAAGGAGGCUGCCGGUGGUGGAAAACUUCCAGUCGUUGCGACUGUAACUUCUUCUGCUGACGGUUCUGUAUGUCCUGCCGAAGUAACCGAUCUUGGCGACGGAAAGUUCUCUGUAGAUUAUAUCCCGCCUGAGGAUCAGAAAGCCACCUGCAAAAUCGAGGUGCGGACUGCAGGUAAAGAAGUGCCGAAGAGUCCGUUUAACCUAAAGUUGAAGCCUAAGGCCGAACCGGCGAACGUCAAGAUGGUUGGCACCCCUCCUAAGGAAGUCCCUUGUUCUAUUCCUCAGGAGUUUGUCAUUGACACGACGGAAGCUGGCGCUGGUAAACUUGACGUCGAAGUUGUGAAUCCAAACGGAGAAGUUCGACCUGCCAAGACCCGCCAGCUACCCGAUGGUAAAACAAAAGUUCUUUUUACUUGCGAUACCCCUGGCAGAAGCAAGAUUGUUACGAAGUUUGACGACAAAGAGGUCAAGCAGUGCUGCUUCCAAACUGAUGCGAAGAGAGUUGGCGACCAUACAAAAUGCGUUCUUGACGAGAAUUCGAUUCCAAAGGCUGUGGCCGUCGGAAAAGAUUACGAGGUUAAGGUAAAUACCCGCACAGCUGGUGAAGGUCGUCUGACCGCUACGAUCCUAAGAAACGGGUCGAAGACCAGGAACACUGAAGAGUGCUGCGAUGUGGAAACUAUUGCCAAUAAAGAUGGAACCCAGAGUAUCCGAUUCAAGCUGAAGGAGAGGGGCGAGUAUAAUUUCGAUCUUCGCUUCGGAGGAGAGAAAAUUACGAAGACGACAAAAAUUGUGACAACUCAAGAAGUCUACGAGGAGACUACAACAACAACUAGCUACCGUAAAGAGACUCGAACUACAAAGAAGUUCCACGGCCUUCAGCUCAACAACCUCCCGACUCGUCACAAGAACAGUGCUGACGUUGACGCGUUUGUUAAAAUGCCUUCGGGUGGAAUUGACCGGCCGGUGAUCGUCGAUAAUCAGGAUGGAACGGUCUCCAUUCGUUAUGAUCCGCGUGAGGAGGGUUGCCACGAAUUGCACGUGAAAUUCAACGGAGAGCACAUUCAGGGAUCGCCCUUCAAGUUCAAUGUUGAUUCCAUCUCUUCUGGUUAUGUCACUGCCUACGGCCCUGGUCUUGUACACGGCGUUGCCAAUGAGCCUACACAAUUUCAUAUUUCGACCAAGGGAGCCACUUCAGGUGGGCUGAACGUUGCCGUUGAAGGCCCAAGCAAAGCCGACAUCAACUAUCACGACAAUCGUGAUGGAACCGUCACGGUUACCUACCUUCCAGCUGCUCCAGGUGACUACAAGAUCACGAUUAAGUUCGCCAAUGAGCACAUCAAGGGAUCCCCUUACACUGCUAAAGUGACUGGAGAAGGCCGCAAGCGUGCUCAGAUUUCUGUUGGUCAUUCAUCCGAGGUAUCACUUAAAGUUCAGGACAAGGACAUCAAGACCCUCAAUGCUUACAUCGUCGCUCCGAACGGCCUUGAGGAACCCUGUUUCCUCAAGCAAUUGCCUAACGGACAACUUGGUAUUUCAUUCACCCCACGUCUUACGGGCGAGCAUCGCAUCCAUGUGCGUCGUCAAGGUCAGGAGAUUACGGGAUCUCCCUUCAAGAUUAGCGUUCUCGAUUGCGAGAUUGGAGAUUCGACUCGCGUUCAGACAUCGGGCUCUGGGCUGACCCAGGGCAUUACCCACAAAAAUAAUGACUUCGUUAUCGAUACCAAAGACGCAGGCUAUGGUGGCCUCUCGAUAUCUAUGGAAGGACCUUCUAAAGCUGACAUUAAGGUCAAAGACAACGAAGAUGGCACCGUAAAGGUGAGUUACAUGCCGACCGAACCGGGCUAUUACAUCCUAAACGUGAAGUUUGCCGACCACCAUGUUCGUGGGUCACCCUUCACUGUCAAAGUUGACGGGGAGGGGUCUAACGUACAACGUGAGAGAAUUAAGAAGCAACGUGAGGCUGCACCCGUUUCCGACGUCGGCCAAGAGUGCAAACUGAUCUUCAAACUGCCAAACGCAUGCGCCAUUGACAUGGACGCUAAAGUGCAGGGCCCUGGGGGCGACUCGAACGCCGCAACGAUCCGCGAUGCAGAGGAUGGCGCAUAUGAGGUCAGCUUUGUGCCCAAGGUAGCUGGCAUCCACCAUGUAACUGUGCGUCAUAAGAAGUUCCAUAUUCCUGGCUCGCCGUUCCAGUUUACUGUUGGUCCCCUCAGGGACUACGGUGCUCACCGAGUCCAUGCUGGCGGUCAAGGUCUAGAGCGUGGUGUAGCAAAUGAACCAUGCGAAUUCAAUAUUUGGACACGCGAAGCCGGCGCGGGCGCUUUGGCCGUAUCAGUUGAAGGCCCAUCGAAGGCUGCUAUCGACUUUAAGGACCGCAAAGAUGGUUCAUGCUACAUCUCAUACAAGGUAGCUGAAGCCGGGGAGUACCGCGUCGGUAUCAAAUUCAACGAUCAACAUAUUCCCGAUUCGCCAUUCAAGGUUUACGUAAUGCCGCCUGUGGGAGAUGCUGCUAAGAUCGAACUAGCUAAUGUUCCUGAGAAUAUCAAAGUUAAUACGCCUGCCAACCUGACACUUCGGAUGAACGGUGCUAAGGGAACCCUUGACGGCGAAGUUGUCGAUCCUUCAGGCAGGAAGGACGACGCCUUUAUGUGUUGCCUUGAUUCCGAGGAAUGGGCUCUACGUUUCGUACCUAAGGAGAACGGUGUGCACAAUAUUCAUAUUCGAUGCGAAGGAGUCCAUAUCCCGCAAUCGCCGUUCCGGGUGCUCGUCGGCACUGACGACGCUGAUCCAGCAGCCGUAAAUGCGCAUGGCCCUGGUCUGAGGGAAGCCAUUGCUGGACACAAGACCGAUUUUAUUGUCGACACCACCGCAGCUGGUAUCGGCAAGCUCAAGGUGCAGGUGGAUGGUCCCACUAAAGUAUCCAUGGACUGCACAGACGUCGAAGAAGGCUACAAAGUGCAUUAUACUCCCUUGGCCCCUGGCGAUUACUUUAUCGCAGUAAAGUACAACGGAUAUCACAUCUCGGGAUCACCAUUUAAGGUUACUGUGAGUGGCGAAGCUGCUCGCACGUCGGCUGGCGGUUUGGUAGCCGCCAACGUCGCUGAAACGGCAAAUGUCGAACUCGACACCGUUCGUAAGGUCGGAACUACUAAGGCAGAUCGCCUGCCAGCAUUCAAAUCGGACGCAUCGCGAUGCACCUCAAAAGGUCUAGGACUAAAGAAGGCCGUCAUGGGACGCGCUAACACCUUUACCGUCGAUUGCAGCAACGCUGGCAAUAAUAUGCUUUACUGCAGUGUGUUUGGGCCUAAAGGGCCUUGUGAUGAGACGUUCGUCAAGCACAUGGGGCGUAAUAUGUAUAACGUUUCCUACCAGUGCAAGGAACGGGGCGAUCACGUCAUUAUAGUUAAAUGGGGAGACGAAAAUAUUCCCGGAUCCCCAUUUAAAGUUAUCUCAGGUUAAACUGCUUGUUUCUUACGUCUACCAGUACGCGAAACUAAGGAUUUGAAGCCCGCUGAAUGUUACGUAUAUCUGAGAAUGAACCAAAAAAACUCCAUACAGGAAAAAAUCACAAUCAUCUAUGACUCACUAAACCCUCUAAUGAGAUAGCUCAUGACAUUGUUGUGAUGUGAGAAAAUAUGCAAACGGUCGGACAGAGGUCUAUCUAUUACUCAACCUAAUGUCAUCCUCUUCAUAGUACAGUGAUCGCCUCAGAUAUACCAUUGUUUUUGCUCACAUACAUACAAAUAAUAAACGAAAUAAAAACUACAAUGACUAAAAAUAAUAAUAACAAUAACAAUUACAGUAGUACAAUGAGCGGACGAGUGUGCCACAUAUAGCGGCUCUUAUCUACGCAAUAAAACUGCCUGCUACACAUAAAGUCAAUUUGGA